AUGCAAGACGUUGUGAUCGAGUCAUGUGGACGCGGAAUUGUAGUGACUGGUGGUGCCGGAGGUGUGGCCAGUACUGGUCAAUCAGUUGGCUCGUACAUCUUGGUGGAUGCCAUCAUCGCCAACACGCCAACAGGAAUCCUCACAUCGUUAUAUGCAGAUGACUCUACGGCAGUCUUACUACAGAAUGUGGGAUUUUUCAAUGUGAAGGACGCAGUUGUAUCCGACACUACUACUGAGCCUCUCCUAUCUGGAGGAGAUGAGGUCCUCGUUGAUUCCUGGGGAUUCGGACUCUACCAUGACGAUACUGGACUUCAUUUCGCACAACAGCAGCAACUGCCAGCCUUGGAGCGGAAGAAGAUACUCACAGGCAGCCAGUCAUAUGUCAAAGGGACCUCGAAUUUCUUUGCCCGUCGUCGUCCUCAGUACUUUGGUCUCAACGGCGGUCAGGUCUUCGAUGUCAAAGCAUAUGGUGCUAAAGGUGAUGGCACCACGGAUGAUACAGCAGCUCUAAACAGUAUCCUCUCCACUGCUGCGAAUAUGUCUUCCAUCGUGUACUUCCCCUACGGUAUUUACGUGAUUAAAGAUACUCUACGUGUUCCGCUUGGUUCCCGGAUUGUCGGACAGGUUUGGCCGCAGAUUAUGGCGACAGGCAGCAAGUUUGAAGAUGCCGAGAAUCCCCAUGUUGCGGUCCAAGUGGGUAAAGAGGGUGAUGUUGGUAUCAUUGAAAUCCAAAAUAUGAUGUUCACGGCGUCUGGGCCCACAGCUGGUGCUGUUCUGAUGGAAUGGAAUGUCCACGAGUCUACACAAGGCUCUGCAGGUCUUUGGGAUUCUCACUUCCGCGUGGGCGGAGCUGUUGGUUCCCAGCUCCAGUCCGACAAAUGUCCCAAAAAGGCAUCAACUAUAAACAAAAACUGUAUCGGCGCGUCACUUAUGCUUCAUGUCACAAAAUCAGCUUCGGCUUACAUGGAGAACCUUUGGGCUUGGGUCGCGGACCAUGACCUUGACAAGGUGUCUCAGGACCAAGUGGACAUUUACGUGGCACGCGGUAUUCUAAUCGAAAGUCAGGGACCUACCUGGAUGUAUGGCACAGCUUCAGAGCACAGUGUCAUGUAUCAGUACCAAUUAUCGAGGGCCAAAAAUUUGGUGAUGGGAAUGAUACAAACCGAGUCCCCCUACUUCCAACCCACGCCUCCAAUGCCUGAGCCCUUCAAACUGGGCAAGUUCCCCGAUGACCCAGAAACUGGUGACUGCAAAACAUGCACGAGUUCGUGGGCUGUGAGAAUGCUCAAUUCGGAAUCGAUAUAUAUGCUCGGUGCAGGUAUUUACAGUUGGUUCAAUUCAUAUUCUCAAGACUGCUUGAACUCGAACGACUGCCAAGACAAAGCUUUCUACGUUGAGCAGAGUAGCGAUAUCUGGAUCGUCAAUCUUGUUACCAAGGCAAUUGUCCAGUCAAUCAGCCCGCUUGGGGAGACUGCGACGUAUGCCAAGGACACAAAGAAUGGCUUCAUGUCCUCUUUGCUUGGAUGGUUCCGCAAGGCAGACGACGUUAUCGGACAGCGUAACUUCACGGGAUUCUACUUUUACGAGGACGAUUCCGACUCAGACUAUUUGUCGACACUAUCCCCUAUUUGCCAAACAGCACUUACCAAGCUCAUCAACUGCGACGACGAGGUCUACAUGUUCCAGACACCUAAGUGGAGAAGGGGUCUGGAUAAUGACACUCUCAGUGAUUUGGUUUGUAGCCCUAGCUGCGGAAAAUCUUUGAGCACCUGGUUCCAUCAGGUCGCGGACAACUGUGCAGCUGAUGAAAGCGUUGCUCCAUUGAACAUCAAAGGUGGAAAUGCUUGGGCAGGAUGGAAUGAGACUUGCGCAAAGGAUGCCAAAAGUGGUAAAUACUGUGGUGGUAAGUUUAAAUAUCCUCCAACCUCACUUGACAGGCUCCCAUCCUGA